AUGGUUCGUGUAAAGCUUGUGGUCAACAACGUUAAAACGAGUCGUUUUGUUUGUGUGUACAACUCAAAGAUUGAUCAAUGGCUUGUUCUCACUCCUCUCAUUCAAUAUCUCGUCAAAAACAAGUCAUCAUUACCAUGGUUGAAUGAACAACAAACAAAUUUGGACUUGCUAUCCAAAGCCAUUCAAAACAACCAUGCGAUUGGCAGUGAUCUCGUGUCAUUUCUCAAUUUCUACAAUGAAAAGAAGAAUGGAGAAGCGAUGAGAAAAUUAUUAUUGAAUUGCUCCGAAUUGGAUUCACAUUUAACAAGUGGUUCAAUGAAAUCCGGUGAAGAAGAUCAUGGUGAAAAACAACACACACACAUUGUGAUCAAGGCCACCGAAUUUUCUGCUUUUAAUUUAGAAAAAUCCAAUGACAACGAAAUCGAUCUUUCGAAAAAGUCAAACAACAACAAUUACUAUUCCGAAAGUUUACCUUUUGAACCAAAAACCUUCAGAGAUGCUUCCUUAUGGUUAAGCCACAAUAUCAAAGCAGCAAGAGGAAUUGCCAAGAUUACCCUUCCACUUGCUUAUUAUGGAAUUAUAUUCCCAUUCGAAAAUAUUUUCCCAAGAACGACCUUUCCCAUGUUCACACCAUCGAAGGGAUUCUUUGAUCAUCCAUUGUUUUAUGUUGGAAAUGCAAUGACAUUUUAUGGAAAUGGCUCUGAAAUUGCAUAUCCAUUUUACACCAAGUAUUUGGAUUAUGAAUUAGAAAUUGGUGCCAUUGUGACGAAAGAGAUUAGAAACGCAACUUGUGAAGAGGCUGAAAAUGCAAUUGGAGGAUAUGUCUUGCUUAAUGACUUUUCUGACAGAAGUAAUCAAUUUAAUGAGAUGACAAAAGACAGAUUCGGUCCAAACAAGUGCAAAUCUUUUGGAACUGGUAUGGGAAGUGUUGUCGUGACACCAGAUGAAAUGAAAGAAUUGUGUAAUCAAGGAUUGCAAGGAAAAGUGCUCAUCAAUGGACGUCAAGUUGUGGAAAGCAAAAAAUUCUCUUUAAACACCAGUGGUAAAAUAAUUGGAGAACCUCCUUUUUACUCACUCGGAGAAACCAUUGCAUACAUGUCAUCCUCUGAGACCAUUUAUCCAGGAGAACUUAUUGGCUCUGGAACUAUUCCAAAUAUGGCUGGAAUUGAGAAUGGAACUCAAUUAAGAGAAGGAGAUACUGUCACAUUAAGCAUGCAACCAUUUGGAACUUUAACACACAAAAUUGGUCCAAAAGAUAAGGUCAAUCGUAAUCAUUGGAGAGAUCCAAAGAAGAAUUCAAGAAGUGCUCCACUCGGUAUUUGUUUCACAUUCCUUUUAUAUGUGUGUUUCUUCUUGUCCGUUAUUGCUGGACUUUUAUUUUAUCUUCCAACUGGAGUGGAUACUCGUUACUGGUUAGAACCACCAGCCAAAACUUUUGAACAAAUUUCUGCACCUAUUUAUUAUGUUCAAAAAUCAGAAAAUAUGGAUCCAAUUUACAAGAAUGGAAAUUUCUAUUCACCUGAAUCAUUCACUGUAAGAAAUGGUUACAUUUACAGUGGAUUAUACGAUGGAAGUAUUCGAAGAGUGAAAGUAUUAGCAAGAAAUUCUUCGAGUGGUCAAAUUGAAUUUGAUUAUGGAACUCCUGAAAUUGUGACUUAUUCUUUCAUGUGGAAAACUCACAAUGUACCAACUCCAGAGAAGUGUUCAAAUCCUCAACAUGUUGGUAAACCUCGUGAUGCAACAUUGGAAAAGGAAUGUGGUCGACCAUUGCAAGCAAAAUUUGAUCGUCAAGGAGUUUUAUACGUCACAGAUGCUGUAUUUGGUUUAUUGAAAAUCAGUUCACGAAAAAAUCAAAAAAUUGAACACGACAAUGGUACCUUAGCCUUAGACAUUGUUGUUGAGAGAGUUCUUGAAAUUCCUUUCGCAAAUGCUCUCAUCAUUUCAGAACCUUACAUUUAUGUCUCAAUGACGUCCACCAAAUUUUCACGAAAUCAACACAUUUUAGAAAUUUUGGAUGGAGGUGCAAACGGAGGACUAUUCAAAUAUCACAUGCAAACCAAACAAUCAGAAAUGAUUGCCUCUGAUUUACACUUUGCAAAUGGAAUGGUGUUGUACAAUCACUCGAUUUAUGUGGCUGAAACAGAUCGUUUUCGUAUUACACGAAUUGAUCUUGCCACUCAUGAAAAGUCUGUUCAUAUUGAUAAUUUAAUGUGUGUUCCAGAUAAUUUAUCUGUUGUGAAAAAGAAUGGAAAACCAUUGGUUUGGAUUGGUUGUGCAGGUCCAAGAAUUCCAACAUUGAAAUUCCUUUACACUCAUCCAUCCAUUACCAUUCAAUUAUCAAAAUUUGACUAUCUUGUGCAACAAUUAUUCCAAAUUGUGAGAAAGAAAAUUGGAAUUGCCAUACAAAUGGAUCUCUUUGACAAGAAAGAAGUGACCAAAGUCAUGUACGAUGCUACUGGAAAUCAUUAUUAUUGGAUUAGUGAACUUUUGGAAGUUCAAUUAGUUGCAUCCCGUCGAGGUGAUGAAUGGCCUCUUGAACUCGCAGAAGCUGAAGAAAGUCAUUCUCAAAAUUAUUAUCUUGUGGGUAAUGUGAAUUAUGGAGCAAAACUUGCCUUAAUCUCUCCAAUUCCUUAUUAG